AUGCGUACCCUGAGUUUAGCAACUCUCUUGAGUGCCGUCUCGACGGCCAGUGCCUUCCAAGGCUUCAACUAUGGCUCUACCUUUACCGACGGCCGCGCAAAGACGCAAUCGGACUUCGAGGCCGAGUUCAAGGCCGCCGCCAGUCUCGAGGGCACCAACGGUGCAUUCACCUCCGCCCGUCUUUAUACCAUGGUUCAAGGUGGCAGCACAAACGAUCCCAUCUCAGCCAUCCCCGCCGCCAUCUCUACAAAGACCAGCCUGUUGCUUGGCCUCUGGGCUUCUGCCGGCGAUGCCACCUUUGCGAACGAGCUCGAGGCCUUGAAGAAGACAGUGUCCCAAUACGGCAGUCAACUCAAUGGCCUUGUUGCUGGCAUCUCUGUUGGCAGCGAGGAUCUUUACCGCCACUCUCCAACUGGUAUCGCCAAUGGCGAGUAUGCUGGCGCCGAACCCAGCACUCUUGUUAAGUACUUCAACCAGGUUCGAGAAGUCCUCAAGGACACACCUUUGAGCAAUGCCCCUCUGGGUCACGUCGACACUUGGACUGCCUGGGUUAACGGCAGCAAUAAGGCUGUCAUCGACGCAUGCGACUGGAUCGGUAUGGACGCUUACCCGUAUUUUGAGGACACCAAGCCCAAUGCCAUCUCCAACAGCAAGGAACGUUGGGCCGAUGCUUUGGGCGCAACUCAGGGUGCUGUUGGCGGCAAGCCGGUCUGGGUUACAGAGACUGGUUGGCCUGUCAGCGGCAAGACCGUUGGUGCUGCUGUUCCCUCGCUCGAGAACGCAAAGAAGUUCUGGGAUGACGUCGGCUGCCCUAUGUUUGGAAAGACCAAUGUCUGGUGGUACACUUUCCAGGACGCCUCUCCGACUUCUCCCAACCCUAGCUUUGGUGUCAUCGGCUCUACCCUGACCAACAAGCCUCUGUUCGACCUGUCCUGCGACAAGGCCAGCUCUGCAUCUUCAUCUGCUGCUCCCGAAACCAAGACUGCCACUCCUACUGCCUCUACCCAAGUGGCCGGUUCCGCUUCGGCCCCGGCUUCUGCCACUGGCACUGGCUCCGGUUCCGGUUCUGGUCAGCAGAGCACGGUUCCAGCCACUACUUUGGUUACUGCCGUGCCAUCCAGCGGCGCUGGCUCAGGCUCGGGCUCUGGCUCUGGCGGAAGCAGUGCCCCACCCUCGGCUUCCCAAGGCUCUGGUUCCGGGUCUGGGUCGGGAUCUGGCUCUGGCCGCCCUGGGACUAACGCUACCAUCAGCGUGCCCACGUCGGCUCCCACCACGGUUACCGGCAGCAGUGCCACCACCGCAACGUUCAGCAUUGCUGUUCUCGCUGGCAUGAUCGCUCUGGCGAUGUUCUAA